AUGGCUUCCGAGCGCAGAAUAAAGUCGCUCAAGUUACGACUUCGUAGCAUCGAGACAUCCUUCAACCUAAUAAGGGUGUUCGUCGAUAACUUCCGAGAAGAAACCCAGGCGAUCGAAGUUCCGGUCCGGCUGGAGAAUCUCGGAGUCCUAUGGGCCGACUUUGGAAAAACUCAGGCCGAGUUAGAGGCCGCAGAAGUUGACGAUCCGGAAGUUAUUGAUCUUCAACUCAAGCAGCGCGCUCAAUUCGAAACGGAAUAUUACCGUGUCAAGGGAUAUUUACUCUCCGUUAAUAAAACCAACUCGCCACCGUGCUCACAAUCUUCUCAGUCCAGUGCGCACUUCCCUGCUUCUUCUCAAAUUCGCCUUCCCGACGUUAAACUUCCUGUAUUCAACGGAACACUUGAGCAUUGGCUAAAUUUUCACGACCUGUUCAUAUCCUUGGUGCAUUCUUCCAGUGAGUUGUCAAACAUACAAAAGUUUUAUUAUCUGCGAUCUUCUUUAGCCGGGGAUGCACUGAAGUUAAUUCAAACGAUUGCGCUUAGCGCCAAUAACUAUCCUGUAGCCUGGAAUCUGCUUGUAGAGCAUUUCCAGAAUCCGUCACGUCUCAAGCAAGCUUAUAUCGAUUCUCUGUUUGAAUUUGCCCCUUUGAAAAGAGAAUCAGCAGCCGAUCUUCACUCACUGGUUGAAAAAUUUGAAGCCAAUGUCCGGAUCCUGAAGCAACUAGGUGAAAGAACAGAAUACUGGGAUGUUCUACUGAUCCGCAUGCUGAGUAUUCGUCUUGAUGCCAAAACACGAAGAGAUUGGGAAGAAUUUUCGUCAACACAUGAAGCAACCACAUUUCCGGAUUUGGUCCUUUUCCUCCAAAGAAGGGUUACGGUUCUGCAAAGUGUCAGCAACGUUAAUCUGGACAAUUCGUCCAUUCCUGCUUCGAAAAAACCUGUUUAUCGAUCGUCAGUUGUAAGUAAUGGUGCCACUCAAGUUUCUUUCCGUCAAUGCCAUGCCUGUUCUGAACAUCAUCCGCUCUACCAAUGUUCUGUGUUCACGAAAAUGACCACCGAGGACAAGGAGAAGCUCGUGCGUCGCCAACAGCUGUGUCGAAACUGCCUACGAAAGGGUCAUCAAGCCAGAACCUGUCAAUCCAAGAACACCUGCCGCAAAUGUAGAGGGAAGCACCACAGCCAACUAUGCAGUCAGGACUCCAUUAACCUCGAAUCCAACCGACCGAAAACUGACCUCAACGCCCCCAAAGAUCCCAUCUCCACCGGUGAAGAAUGUUCUUCGUCAUUGUCCGCAGCAGUUCAAAGGCCUCCCACUGGAUUUCGCUAUCACAAGGUACUCCUUGCAACGGCCGUGAUUAAUCUUGUUGAUGAUUUCGGCAAUACUCAUCCAGCUAGAGCACUCCUCGAUUCUGGGAGUGAGUGCAGUUUUAUCACCGAGGCACUUUCUCAACGACUCAAGGCUCAACGCAACAAAGUGCAUCUAGCAAUCUCUGGCAUCGGCCAGACUUCCGUACAAGCUCGCUGUAAACUUCGGGCCACCAUGCAUUCCCGAGUUACAGAAUACUCCACUGUUGUUGAAUUGUUUGUGUUGCCAAAACUCACGUUAAAUUUACCAUCCACCUCAUUAAACAUCUCCAAAUGGGAUUUGCCAAAGGGAAUUCAAUUAGCUGACCCGGUUUUCUACGAAAGCAAUCAUAUCGACGUAGUUCUGGGGGCCGACAUCUUCUUCGAGCUCUUCAAACCUUCCGGAAGAAUUCUCCUCGGAGAAUCUCUUCCUACUCUGGUGAACUCCGUUCUUGGUUGGGUGGUAUCGGGGAAGGUAUCAAACUUCAAUCGCAUCAGCACCGUUAUCUCCAAUGUCGCAACUGUCGCAGAUGUGCACCGCUUUAUGCAACGUUUUUGGGCCAUAGAAGAGGACGAUUCUGCUUCCUGUUUGUCGGUUGAAGAGGCUGCCUGCGAAAAUCACUUCCGUCAAACAGUUCAACGUAAUUCUGAAGGCCGUUACAUAGUGCGACUUCCUUUAAAAGAGGCUGAUUCAAAAGUAGGUGACAAUCGCUGCAUUGCUCUUCGUCGAUAUCACAUGGUAGAGGCUCGCUUACAACGGAAUAAGGAUCUACGUUCUCAGUAUAAGGACUUCAUGUCGGAAUACCUAACCCUCGGACACAUGCAGCGAAUCGACGAUGCUGAACGCUCCCAUCCACAAUACUAUCUGCCUCAUCACGCGGUUAUUCGUGCCGACAGCUCCACAACCAAGGUGCGAGUCGUUUUUGAUGCGUCUUGCAAGCCUGCGACAGGAAAAUCCCUGAAUGACGUGCUCAUGGUCGGGCCAGUCAUACAGGAUGAUCUACGAGCCAUAAUAUUGAGAACCCGAAUCAACCCAGUGUUACUGAUCGCUGACAUCAAACAAAUGUACCGCCAAAUUCUGGUUGACGAACGAGAUACUCCGCUCCAACGAAUCCUCUGGAGAAAUUCUCCCGAUGAACCCAUUGACACAUUUGAGCUGAAGACAGUUACCUACGGCACUGCUAGUGCGCCUUUUCUUGCAACAAGAACACUCCAGCAACUGGCCGACGAUGAGAAACUGCAUUUUCCCGAGGGCGCCAAGGUUUUGAGAAAGGACGUGUACGUAGACGACUUGGUAACCAGCGGAGGAUCUCCUGAAGAAGUUGCUGAAAUUCGGAAUCAACUGGAUCAGCUAUGCCGACGUGGUGGUUUCGAAUUCCGGAAAUUCGCAUCGAACGUAGAAGCAGUACUUGAAGGCAUCUCGACCGAAAGACGUGCUCUCCAAUCUUCAGUAGAGCUUGCUGCUGAUCAAUGCAUAAAAACUCUCGGAUUGCACUGGGAACCAGCUUCGGACAAUUUACGGUUCCAAAUCCAGGCAUUUGACCAACUGCACAGCACGGUCUUGAGCAAACGAGUUGCCCUUUCACAGAUCGCCCAGCUGUUCGAUCCAUUGGGUUUAGUCGGUCCUGUCAUAGUCACUGCCAAAAUAUUCAUGCAGACUUUGUGGAGUCUUAAUUCGGGUGACGGAAAACCUUGGGGAUGGGAUCAGCCACUGCCAGCCUCUCUUGCCAGUUAUUGGGAGCAAUAUACUUCACAACUGCCAUCACUUAGCCAGUUACGAAUUCCGCGUUGCAUCGUCCACUCAAACUUCACAACCCUCCAAUUACACAUGUUCUCUGAUGCUUCCGAACAAGCUUACGGUGCAUGUGCCUAUUUUCGUUCGACCGAUUCCGCAGGCAACAUUGCAGUCGGCCUACUAACCGCUAAAUCAAAAGUUGCUCCCCUUAAAAAGCGUAGCAUACCACGACUCGAGCUCUGUGGAGCGCUUGAGGCCGCCCAAUUGUAUAGAAAGAUCUCAUCAGCCUUCGGGAGGACUUUUCCAACCUUUUUCUGGGUCGAUUCCACCACCGUUCUUGCCUGGCUAAAGUCUAAUCCUUCAAAUUGGACUACGUUUGUUGCGAAUCGUGUUUCCAAGAUUCAGCUCUCGACGGAAGGAUCUUCCUGGAAUCAUGUGGCUGGUCAGCAGAACCCGGCUGACCAUAUAUCCAGAGGCAUCGAUGCAGAUACCCUGCUCUCUUGUGACUUGUGGUGGCAAGGCCCUGAAUGGCUUCGAUCAGACCAAAGUAUGUGGCCAACAUCAUCUUCGAAUCACACAUUUGAUACCCAAUUGGAAUUCCGCCCAGCAAAAUCCACAGCUCUAACGGCCACAACCGAACCUACAUUUAUCGACGUUUACGUGGCAAGGUUCUCAAAGUUCCAAACUAUGCUUCGGGUAACAGCAUUUUGCUUGCGCUUUUCUUUCCACCGUCGGAAUCCACGAAAAAGCAGAAUAUUCCAGCCAUUUCUUAGUGCAGACGAAAUUCGGGAUGCCGAAGGCAUUCUCAUCCGGUUAGUCCAAGCUCAGGAGUUUGCCGACUACGUCUCAGCUCUCAAAGCAUCAAAACCAGCUCCUGUCAAAUCUCGACUCAGAUGGUUCACUCCGUUUUUGGAUUCCAAUCACCUGAUGCGCAUAGGAGGGCGCAUCGACAGAUCAUCAUUGACCUACGACGCCAAGCAUCAAAUUCUGCUCCCUUAUCAGCAUCGCUUCUCCACCUUGCUUGUCGAAUGCUACCAUGAGAGGCAUUUACACGCAGCACCACAACUGCUUCUAGGUAUCCUGCGCCUCCGGUACUGGAUCAUAGGGGCCAGGAAUCUGGCCAAAACAGUCGUCCACCGCUGCCUAAAUUGCGUCCGAGCUCGCCCUAAAUUGGUGGAACAAUUUAUGGCUGAGCUGCCAAAGGAACGCAUAACUGCCACCCGACCAUUUGCCAAAACAGGUGUCGAUUAUUGGGGUCCAAUUUUACUCAAACCUCCGCAACGUCGAGCCUCACCAACCAAAGCGUUUGUUGCUGUCUUCGUGUGCUUCAGCACAAAAGCUGUCCACAUCGAACUAGUAUUCGAUCUAACGACAGCGAAAUUCCUGCAAGCCCUGAGGCGCUUCGUCGCACGCCGAGGCCCACCGUCCGACAUAUACAGCGACAACGGUAGAAACUUUCUUGGCGCGAAAAAUGAGCUGAAACGACUUAUCCGGAAUCCAGAACACGCUGACAGAGUUGCGGCCGAAUGUUCAGAUUGUCAUAUCCGCUGGCACUUUAAUCCUCCGAGAGCUUCCCAUUUUGGUGGCCUGUGGGAAUCGGCAAUAAAUUCUGCACAGAAGCACUUUCUGCGAGUUGUUCGCGAUCGUCCCCUGGCAUACGACGACAUGGAAACCUUGUUGUGUCAAAUUGAGUGCUGUUUAAACUCCCGUCCCAUCGUGCCAUUAAGUGACGAUCCAACAGACUAUGAGCCACUAACUCCGGGGCACUUUUUAGUUGGCACGGCACUCAAGUCUGUGCCUGAUGAUAAUCACUCAGAAAUUCCAUUCAACUACCUCCGGAAGUGGCAACAAACGCAAAAAUUAUUCCAAGACAUUUGGCGAAGAUGGCACCUGGAAUAUUUAGCAACAUUAGAACCAAGGGCUAAAUGGUGCAACUUACCUGUGGCGAUACAAAAAAACCAGUUAGUUCUUCUGAAAGACGACGCAACCCCAUCGAUCCGCUGGCCGACUGCAAGGGUUAUUGAAACUCAUCCUGGGCGCGAUGGCAUCACUAGAGUGGUCACCCUCCAAACUCCUAAGGGUUCCUGUACACGACCGGUGGCUAAAAUUUGUCUGUUGCCGAUUGCAUCAACGCCUGUUGAAUCAAUUACAACAACCGGCACUGGACAAUCAACUACAGACAAAGUAUUCGAAGGAAUUCAACCACAGCAUCCUAAUGGUUUCGGAUCAAAUGGAAAACAAUAA